UCUCUUUUUUUUUUCUCCCACCUAGUCCUCUUUCAGUCCAGGUGGCAGAGCGCACAUCGGCCGAGAGAUGCAGCCUCUCAUCUCCAACACAUGGACAGCGGAGCUUGGAGCCGCCGCAGAGCGCUCCGUUAGCUAAAGAAAACCACCUCCCAGCAGCAAGAAGGAGACACCUCUGCUCGCUUUGGACUCGAGAUAAAAGGAUAUAUUUGUUCCCACUUCUGUUUUUUUUUUUUUUUUUUACCACCACCUUUUUUUUUUUUGUUAAAACCAAGAGCGCAAAUCAAGUUGUGUUCAAUGCGCAACCAUGCUUAUCAUCUCUUCUCGCAGUGCGCUGCUGUCCGUCUACUACCCACAGAUCUUCCUCAUCCUCACCAGCGGUAGCUACCUGGCGUUGUCCUCUGUGGUAGCUCUGGGUGCGAACAUCAUCUGCAACAAGAUCCCGGGAUUGGCCCCCCGUCAGAGAGCCCUCUGUCAGAGCCGCCCCGACGCCAUCAUCGUCAUCGGCGAAGGCGCCCAGCUGGGCAUCAACGAGUGUCAGUACCAGUUCCGCUACGGCCGCUGGAACUGCUCGGCCCUUGGGGAGAGGACUGUCUUUGGACAAGAGCUGAGAGUAGGCAGCAGGGAAGCAGCAUUCACCUACGCCAUCACCGCAGCUGGAGUCGCCCAUGCAGUGACGGCAGCCUGCAGCCAAGGCAACCUGAGCCAGUGCGGCUGCGACCGCGAGAAGCAGGGCUACCACGACCAGGAGGAGGGCUGGAAAUGGGGAGGCUGCUCGGCCGACGUCAAGUACGGCGUCGAGUUUUCGCGGCGCUUCGUUGACGCCCGCGAGAUCAAGAAAAACGCCCGGAGACUCAUGAACCUGCACAACAAUGAGGCAGGGCGGAAGAUUCUGGAGGAGCGAAUGAAGCUGGAGUGCAAGUGUCACGGCGUCUCUGGUUCCUGCACCACUAAGACCUGCUGGAUCACGCUGCCCAAGUUCAGAGAGAUCGGUUACCUGCUGAAGGAACGCUACAGCGAAGCGGUUCAAGUAGAGCCGGUGAGGGCGUCGCGGCUCCGCCAACCCUCCUUCCUACGUCUCAAAGAGGCUCGGGGCUACCAGAAGCCCACGGACACGGACCUGGUGUACCUGGAGCGCUCUCCCAACUACUGCGAAGAGGACACGGCCACGGGGAGCACAGGGACAAGAGGCCGGCUGUGCAACGGUACCUCGAGCCACACGGACGGCUGCAACGUGAUGUGCUGCGGCCGGGGCUACAACACGCACCACUACACACGGGUCUGGCAGUGCAACUGCAAGUUCCACUGGUGCUGCUUCGUCAAGUGCAACACGUGCAGCGAGAAAUCAGAAGUGUUCACUUGCAAGUAGGGACAAAGAGACGGGGCACUGGGGUAGGAUGGGACAAGGGACGAAGGUGAGGGGACAUGACAAAGUGGAAUCUGAAGCGACGGACUCGGAGGUAUUUAUUACAUUUUGCACAUUUUGACAUCCUAUUUGGAAUUCUUUAAAGAGAGAAGUGGAAUAUGAGGUUGGGAGAACAUUGGGAGCAAACAGACAUGAACAUUGAAGACACGUAUUUGCUUGCGGAAGUGACAAAGAAGUAGCAGGUGAAAGGAAUUGAUGUUUUCCAGCAAGGCAAUAUUACGAAGACGACGAAGUAUCUUACAGAUGUUCCGCACAAGAGGAAAAAGGACUAUCGUUGGAGAAAACUUCCUUAACACGCUAACUGGAAACGCUACAGGAGCGACGCGCUUUGGACUGCCACGAAAUACGAGACGGGCGCUCAGUGAGGCCCGAAAGACGGCAGCGGAAUAACUGUACACUCACACUGUAUUCUGUUUGAACACUGAAAAUAAAACGAAAUUAUUUAUGUAAAAAAAAAUAUCUUUCAAACUUUAAAGCCUUAUAGGAUGGAUAGCAAAUUCAACCGCUCUAACGUUUUUGUUUUUUUUUUCCUCGCUUUUAUAAUCUUCAAUUGCUACUGAUACAUUUAAAAAGCGGGAGGUAAAGUUUAUUUCUAGUCACAUUUACAGCCACUGAACAGCCAAAUACUCUGCUUUGUUGCUGAUUUAAAUCCAUUACCAGUUAUCAGUGCCAUAUGCUAUAGAUUAAUUAUUUUCUUUUGCACUCACACGGUCACGUUUUUCUUAUUUUAUUUCACCAGUUGUUUUGGGAGGGAAGGGGCGGGUGGAGGGGUUGGUGCUGUUCUGACACAUCUUCUCUCAUGGACAUGGAGGCCCAGCAGAGCCUUUUGUUACGCCAAGAACCAAAGAGGCAGAAAACACACACAUGUAGUAUUUUAAGCACCCGACUUGUCAGUUUGAACGGCACUUCAUCCUGACUGCGUUCAUUGUUUUGUUUUCGGAGGGCUCUUGACUUCUGAGAAAACCGUGUAAGCCUCAUUGGAACUCUAUAGAGGUGCAAUCAGGUUCAGAUGCAUCCAACAUUCCCAUGAGCGGCAGAGACGUGGAAUUCCACAUCAUGGCCUCUGCUUACACAAGGCCUUCCAGCGCGGUUUAGGCCUGCCUGGGUGGAUGGCAUGUGCCCUAACCACACAGAAGGGGGUAUGAGAGGAUCAAAGGCCUCAAAGCUAUUUUUGGACAGCACCCUUAAUGUAUUCAGAAAUGUUUAUUUAGGCUUUAUAUAACUUACAAAACAAUUUGAAGAGUAUAUUUUUAUAUGAGGAACGUGGCACUUUAUGUCAUUUAUAGAUGGAGAAGAGAGUCACUAUUUACAAGUGUUUUCUAACGUCAGUGUAUUCAGAUUUGAGAGCUAUAAAUUAUUUGGAAUUUAUGUCAGAAAAAAAACAAACAAACAAAAAAAAAAGAACUGUAAAUACGCCACGUGUUUUAGCGAAAGUAGCUCAGAUUUGUCCGCCGUCAUUCGAUCCUUCACAAUCCAAAGCAGUUCAGGAAAGUUGAGAAAUCUAUGAAGUAUUGGAGCAAACACAUGGAAGUUGCUAAACGGAUAAUACAUCGGAGGCAAACGAACGAAGGGCUUUAGAUUGAGGGAGAUUUCUGUGUUUCCAGUUGUCUUAAUAGCGCUUUUAGUUAACUAGAGGCAACACACUGUUUCCUAAAAGCUAUAACUUAAAAUACAGCUUAAUUUAAGUUUCUUUAUUUGUUUUGUGGCAAAAGAUCAAAGUCUGCAUCACUUACAAACAUGGACAUUUGUAUUUUUUUUUCUCUCCUUUUUUUAUCAAUAAAAUUUGAGCAUCCUUUUAACGCCUCUUGAGUUUUAUGUCGCAUUUUGGACUUUUGUUCAAA